AUGGAAUGGAAGGAAUGUGGUGGAGAAAUUCUGGGACCCGAGUCUACGUUUAACCUAGAGGGUGCUGAUGCAGGUGGUUUCCUCUACAAUGCGCUGUUAAUGCUACGAGCGGUAGCCAUCGCUCCAGUGCCGCGCCGCCAUUUAUCAAAGAAGAUAGCUAGGAGGGCUUACGUUGAUGACAUCAUGGUUGAAGUUAGGGAGGGCAAUCCGAGUAUAUGGAGACGUCCAGGAGACUGUAACUACGAUACGGCAGAUAAUGGGGAUCGACAAAGAAUUGAUGUAUCCGAAACUUCAGGAAAACUUGUUCGAAAGUCUCUUAUCAAGCUAAGGCAAAAAUGUAAAGCGAGUAAUAUAAAAGGAGUAGAGGCCGUGGAAAUGCUGAGAAGAAAACAGAAUUGA